GGCUGCAGGCAGUGUAAUUCGCUGCACGUGCCAAGUGAGGUGUGGAUGGAAACCUUAAUGGAGGAGGAAAAAAUACGGAAGGUGAAGGGCUUUUGUGAAGAUCGCAUUGGCAUCCUGAAGAGCAUGGUCGAGGAGGAGGUGGCAAAGGUGCAACAAGACCCCAUGCUGUUCUCCGAUGAAGUUUUUUUCAUUGAGCCAUUGGAGGGAGAAAUUGGGCCGCAUUGUUCGGCCGAAAUCAAGGUGACCUUCAAACCCCUAAAGGCACUGAAGUACCAAAGUAUGGCUUACUGCAAUAUCUCAGGCCGUGAGAGCAGGAUGACCCUUCGCCUCAAAGGGGAAGGCCAAGGACCUUUGCUUGAAUUCAGCUGUCCUUCACUGAAUCUUGGGAAAAUUCUUGUUGACACCCUCCACGUCUGUGAGGUGAAGCUGAUUAACCAAGGAGCUCUUGAUGCUCCCUUCACCUAUAUCCCUUCAACCAGGAAGGGAUUCUGCUUCAAGUUUGCACCUGAGGAGGGCAUCAUUGCACCAGGUGGGAUCCAGACUAUUCAGAUCUCCUUCAAUGCCACCGUGCUGGGGAUGUUUGAGGAAGAAAUCCAGGUCAGUGUGGCUGGAUCUCCUACGCCUGCCAUCCUGACCAUCAGGGGGUGUGUCGUUGAACCGACUGUACGCUUCAGUGUCCAUGAUGAGCUCAGCUUCGGGGACAUCUCCUUUGGCUUUCCCUACACCAAGAGCUUUCGCCUGACUAACACCUGCCCGGUGCCCGUGACGUUCAAGCUCCGCAUGUUGGACGAUGACACGCAGCCUGCUGUGAAUAGCUGUGAUCAAAUACACAGCGACAGUGACCCAUCCGGGACGGAGGGAAUUCAUUUUUUCCCGGAGCCAAGAGAGUUUACAAUGAAUCCCAUGCAAGGGACCAUCCUCCCCCAGGGACACCGGGAUAUCAAGGUGACCAUGUGUUCCAAAACCGUGAUGGAAUUCUGCCGGAAAAUGCUGGUGGACCUGGAGGGUAUUGGCGAGGGAGUGGCAUCACUGACCAUCACAGCCAGGUGUCUCGUUCCUGAGCUGUACGUGUACCCUCAAAUCCUGCUGUAUGGUAAAUGCCAGCUGAAGGAGCCAUAUGAGAGGAAGUUCAUCAUUGGGAAUCCCACCGACCUUCCUGGCUGCUACAGGCUUAUUCCCCAGAAACACGAGGAGGACUCUCCUGUGCUCUACUCCAGCCCCAAACCCUAUGGGAUUGUCCAGCCUCACAGCACUGUAGAGAUUCCAGUUAUAGUCAAAGUCCAAACACUGGGCGAGCAUCGCACCAACGUUCUUGUCGGCGUGUUCGGGGAUGAGAGAAACCCACGGAGAAUAGAACUACAGAGCUCUGGAUGCCUGGCAAAAAUCUGCCUAAGUGAUCGCAAGAUAGACUUUGGCGAGGUCCCAUUAUUACAGCCUACUUCACGAAGCCUUACCCUCUUGAACAAUGGUCUCGUCCCUAUAGACUUCAGGCUAGAGAUCAAUCCCCCACCCCACUGCUUUGCCGUUGAGCCCAGAGAAGGAGUGAUCCCUGCUAGGGGCAAGGUUCCUGUGACUGUCACAGCAGCCCCGGAUGACACUCAGCUUUUUGCUGGCAAUGUCCAGCUGUUCAUUGGGAACAGCCUUUGGACCUCCUGUGCGGUGGAGGUUUUGGGCACUGGCACCACAAUUGUCACAGACAAGCCAUUAACCCCAGAGCUCAACUUGGGGUACCAAUUCAGCCACCUUCCCUGUAUUCGUCAGUUCAAGCUAACAAAUAGAGGCAACCAUGUGCAUUGGCUCUCGUGGAAAGCGAAAUGCUACAGCCCACCUAAGGGGAAGGACCAGAGUGUCUCAGCCCUCAGCAGCCCCAAAGAUGAUUCCCAGAGCCCCAAACGUGCCGCCCCCGUGUUUGAGGUGGAGCUACCGACGGGGACACUGCAGCCAGGCGAGUCUGUGGACAUGGUGCUGCGAGGCUUCUCCCGCAUCCCGCAGGAGGUGCAGGAUUAUGUGUUCUGUGAAGCUGCCAUUGAGAUACCCAGCCACAAAGAGAAGAUAAUAGAAACAAUCAUUACCUGCAAGUUCAUUCACCCCUCUAUAGAAGCAUCAGCCAGUCAAUUCUCUUUCCGGGUGGAGAAGAAACCCAGUGAUGUCCUGACACUGCAGUACCAGCCUUUGGCUUUAAAAAACACCUGCCUGCUGCCACUGGACCUUAUGCUGGACUUGGAGCAGCCAUUCCUGGUCUGUGAUGAGGACCAGAAGCCCCUCCCAGACGGCCAGCCUGUGACAGUGGGUGUAGGGGAGACCUGUCAUCUCUACAUCGCAUUUGACCCAGCUUAUAAACUGGAUUUUAAGAGCUGGAAAAUAGAGAAGGUUCUGAAGAUAGACAUGGUCAGGGGCCAUCCUUUUGUGGAGCGUAUCACCCUUCGGGGAGAAGUCCACUUCCCAAAUCUCCGAAUCCAGCCCGGCACCCUGGAGUUUGGCUGCAUCGUGGCUGGCACUGAAGAAGUGCGUUCUCUGGAGAUCACCAACCGCAGCCCACUUCCCGUCGAGUACCACUGGUCAUUCCAUUCGGACAGCCAGGUGAACAAGUUGAGAGUUAACCUGCUCGAGUAUGUCCUGGACAUGGGCCCUGUCCUUAAGGGUUACACUGAGACACACACUCUGAAGAUCACCAACCCUGGGCAGAUCUAUGUGUCCUUCCAGGUCAUUGUAUCUGUCCUGCAGGACACAGUUUCAAAAUUCACAACACAGGGAAGGAAGCCCUGGAGUACUCCUGGGAGCAUGCCGCAGAUAGAGAACCAGAAAUCUUCCCAGAUUUCACCCAUGACGUGCCACUGUUCUCCAUCAACCCCUCCUGUGGCGUCCUUGCUCCUGGCCAGAAGCAGACCUUUCAUGCGCAGUUCUCCCCAAAGUGUGUGGGGAAUUUUAAGGCCACCGUGCUGUGCAGGAUUCCUAACCUGAAGCCAACUCAGAAGAGGGUGCGGGUGAUUUUGAAAGGCAGAGCCCGGGAGGAGAAGAGUCUUGGUAAACCGAAACGCUCUGCGUUACGGCAGACAGAGCAGGAUUCUGAAGCGGGUGCACUGGAAACUACCACCUGAGUGACAGCAUCUGUGUCAGCUGGAGCAUCCGGCAGGAGCCGGCAACAUCGUCUCUUCUGCUGCUGAUGGUCUCCUGCCCUAAGUUAAUUAAUUACUUCUUAGUUAAUUGUUAAUUCUUAGUUAAUUUAACACCGACCUAAUAAAAAACUGAUUAAUCUUA